AUGAAAGCCAUUUGUCUUCUUGAGUCGAUCAAGUCGUUGCCAUCGUCAACUGGUGGGGUAGUCAUUCAAGAGCAAAGAUUGACUAGCUUUCUCCCACCAAUCCUCCAGCCAGCAGAAAGAGGGGCAACAGGGCCGGCCUGUGCGCGCCGCCUACUGCGCGGCUCAUGCGCCGUGGCCGCCAACUUCUUCACAGCAAUGUCGAAGGUUCAGUCAUCGACCAAGUCCGAUGGCCAUCACAUCCAUCGCCACUCAUCCGACUCAAUAGACUCAGACGAGCCACCCCGUUACUCAGACGAACCAUCCGGCUCAUCAGCCGCCACCUACCAGCAGCAGUCGUCGGCACUCGAUCCCUCGUUGUCUGGGAAAUCUGUCGAGCCCUCGGGAUUCUUUCCUACAUCUUCAGCCCCAUGUCCGUUGGCUGGUGACUUGGAAGCCGGACAGUCAGCAAAUGAUACCCAACCUCCCGAGUUUUCGGUCUAUCAAGCCUCAUAUACGGCCGACAAGCUAGGGAAUAUCACUAGGUUUGAAGUGAUUUUGACUUUUUGGGUGCAUAUGUUUAUCAAUUGA